ACUAGCACACCAUGGACGAGCACUACGAUGCCAUCAUCCUGGGCACGGGACUGACCGAGUGUGUGCUGUCUGCGCUCCUGUCUGUCGACGGCAAAAAGGUUCUUCACAUGGACCGGAACCAGUACUAUGGCGGCGAGGGCGCCUCGCUCAACCUCACCCAGCUCUACGAGAAGUUUCGACCAGGCUCUGCGCCGCCGACAGACAUUGGACGGGACCGCGACUAUGCCGUCGAUCUGAUCCCCAAGUUCAUGAUGGCCAACGGCGAGCUCACAAAGAUGCUCGUCCACACCGAUGUCACGCGCUACCUCGAGUUCAAGCAGAUUGCUGCCAGCUACGUCUACCGCGAUGGCAGGAUCGCAAAGGUGCCUGCGACAGAGAUGGAGGCCGUGAGGAGCAGCCUGAUGGGGCUGUUCGAAAAGAGGAGAGCAAAGAAGUUCUUUGAGUUCCUCCAGAACUGGAAGGACGACGACCCGGCUACUCAUCAAGGCCUCAACAUCGACGAUGUGCCCAUGACAAAGGUCUUUGACCACUUUGGCCUCGAGCCAGGCACGCGUGACUUCAUCGGUCACGCCAUGGCGCUCCACCUCGACGACUCGUACAUGCAACGCCCCGCACGCGAGACGUACGACCGCAUCAUCCUCUACACAUCGUCCAUGGCCCGCUACGGCAAGUCGCCCUACAUCUACCCCCUCUACGGCAUGGGCGAGCUGCCGCAGGGCUUUGCGCGUCUCUCGGCCAUCUACGGCGGCACCUACAUGCUCGACAAGCCCGUCGACGAGAUUGUCACGGGCGACGACGGCAAGUUCGUCGGCGUCCGCUCUGGCGACGAGACCGUCAAGGCCGACAUGGUCAUUGGCGACCCGUCGUACUUUGCAAACGUCAAGGGCAAGUCGGAGCCCAUGGUCCGCGAGACGGCCAAGGUCGUGCGUGCCAUCUGCCUCCUCAAGCACCCGAUCCCCAACACGGACAACAGCGACAGUGUCCAGCUCAUCAUUCCCCAGAACCAGGUCGGCCGCAAGCACGACAUCUACAUCUCCGAGGUCUCGGGCGCGCACAAUGUAUGCGCCCGCGACGUCUACGUCGCCCAGGUGUCGACCGUCGUCGAGACAUCGACGCCCGAGCUCGAGCUGCGGCCCGGCCUGGAGCUGCUGGGGCCCAUCUACGACAAGUUUGUCAGCAUCUCGGCCCUCGAGGAGCCCACGACCGAGGGGACGGCCGAGAACAUCUUUAUCACGCGGAGCCUCGACGCGACGAGCCACGUCGAGACCAUCGUCGAGGAUGUGCACAACGUCUGGAAGCGGGCCACGGGCGGCAAGGACCUCGUACUCAAGAGCCGAGCCCCAGACGAGGGCGCCCAGAUCCAGGAGUGAUUUCCUCGUCGGAGUCAAGAGUCACAGCCCGUCCUUCUUUAUUCAUUCCUUCCUAGUCUUCCAGCCGAUUCCCAAAGUAAAGCCUCUUCUGUUUCCCUAUAUAUGAGAUGAUGAUGACGAUGAUCACAUGACAAAGAGAAGUGGUCUGUCCGUCUAAAGGCAGGGCAUAAUUCGUAUAUAGAAGAGU